AUGUUGCAGGGGUUGUGGCGGAAACGCGUAGCGUGGGACGAACCACUACCUCCCGAAGAGGCGGAGAUGUUUCGCGAAUGGAUAAUGGACGUGCAGUACAUUAAAUUGUUGAGAUUACCGCGAUGCUACGAGCCCAGCGACCGAAUUGUCAACCGCGAAUUACACGUAUUCUGUGACGCCAGUGAACAAGCGUACGCUGCGGUGGCGUACUGGCGGUUCGUAAAGAGCGAUGGGAGCGUGACAGUUUCACUAGUCGCGGGAAAAGCUAAGGUCGCCCCAAUCAAAGCGCAAACGAUACCGCGCCUAGAGUUACAAGCGUGUUUGAUAGGCGCGCGCUUAGCCGAUUCGAUAAGGAAAGAGCACAGAGAAUCAUCGAAAGCGACGUUUUGGAGCGAUUCGAAGACCGCGUUGCAUUGGAUACGUAAUGAAGCUUCACGGUAUACGCCCUACGUAGCUCAUAGGCUCACCGAAAUCACCGAACUCACGAAUGCAAAUCAGUGGCGAUGGGCACCAACGGACAAAAACGUUGCGGACGCCGCUACGCGCGCCGGGAACACCGCCCUCAAAAGCGAGAGUAGAGUUGUAAUUAGGCAAGCCCAAAAAGAAUGUUUCGCUGAGGAAGUUAGGGCGCUCGCGAACGGCAAAGGUAUUCCACGGCACAGUCGCGCGUACAAGUUGGAUUUAGAGUUAGAUGCGAAUGGGUUACUGCGAUUAAGUGGACGCAUAGAAGCAGCCGUCGUACCAAAGGAAAGGAAGCGGCCGUUGCUGCUCGACG